GCCGUAGCUCGCUUGGCACGUGCCCCGUGUGUGCCCGGUAGAAACGCGAACCGACGAGCCGGCAGGCCGGUUGUCAUACGCCUAGUGACUCGGUGCAUGCCCGAGUGCACUACUAGCGAUAUGGCCGCCACAGAGUGUGUGUAUGAGAGAGAGGGAAAGAGAGAGAGGGAGAGAGUGAAAGGGGAGAGCGAGGAAGAGGGAGACUAG